AAAGCCUUCAAUAUACAGCAAAUGUCUUUUCCUUAAAACAACUCUCAACAAUCCCACAUCCAUUCUGUCGAGUUUGAGAUUGUAAGUUCAUAGCAAAAUGAACUCAAAGAGUAGUACCAUUGAGGUUGGAGCUGAUGGAGUUGCUGUUAUCACCAUUAUUAACCCUCCUGUCAAUUCUCUUUCCUUAGAUGUUUUGUACAGCUUGGAAAAGAAAUUAGAGGAAGGCUUAAGGAGAGAUGAUGUGAAGGCCAUUGUUGUGAUAGGUUAUCAAGGCAAUUUCUCGAGUGGUUUUCAUAUCUCUUCCUUUGAUGACUUGCAACAAGGAAAAGUUGCACAACCAAAACCUGGUUAUGUAUCAGUUGAUAUUCUCACCGACACUGUGGAAGCUGCACGAAAACCUUUAGUGGCGGCGAUUGAUGGUUAUGCAUUAGGUGGAGGAUUAGAAAUUGCAAUGUGUUGUCAUGCGCGGAUUUCCACUCCGAAUGCACAACUUGGCUUGCCAGAACUUCACCUUGGUAUAAUUCCUGGAUUUGGAGGUACUCAGAGACUUCCACGCCUUGUCGGACUUGCUAAGUCCCUCGAAAUGUUGCUAACAGCAAAACUUGUUAAAGGGGAGGAAGCUCUGGACCUUGGCCUUGUUGAUGCUAUAGUUUCAUCACACCAAUUACUGGAUACUGCUCGUAAAUGGGCACUCGAUAUUUGGGAGCGCAAAAGACCUUGGAUUCCCACUCUUCACAGAAAUGAUAAGAUAGAGUCUAUUGGCGAGGCAAAGGAAAUGCUAAAGUUUGCUAGAGCUCAGGCCAUCAAACAGGCUCCAAAUAUUUAUCAUCCUUUAGCCUACAUUGAUGUUAUUGAAGAAGGCGUAGUGUCCGGUCCACGUGCUGGACUUAUCAAGGAGUAUGAAACAUUCGAAGUUCUUCUUCGUUCAGACACUUGUAAGGCCUUAGUCCACAUUUUCUUUGCCCAGCGUGGAACGACUAAGGUUCCAGGGGUGACUGAUAUGGGGUUAGUGCCACGACAAGUUAAGAAGGUUGCGAUUGUUGGAGGUGGAUUAAUGGGUUCUGGAAUUGCAACUGCAUUACUUCUUAGUAAUUAUCCUGUGAUCUUAAAAGAAGUUAAUGACAAAUUUCUAGAGGCUGGGAUUGAUAGAGUAAAAGCAAAUCUGCAACGCCGCGUCAAUAAAGGAAAAUUGAGUGAAGACAAGUUUGAAAAAGCUCUCUCCCUAUUCAAGGGUACUCUUGAUUAUGAAAGCUUUAGAGAUGUUGACAUGGUCAUUGAGGCUGUCACUGAAGACGUACCUUUAAAGCAGCAAAUAUUUAUUGAUCUAGAGAAGUUUUGCUCUCAACAUUGUAUACUUGCUAGUAAUACCUCUACAAUUGACUUGAAUUUGAUUGGGGAAAAGACCAAAUCUCAAGAUCGUAUUAUUGGCGCUCACUUUUUCAGUCCGGCUCAUGUGAUGCCACUUAUGGAAAUUGUUCGCACUCAACAGACAUCUCCACAAGUAAUAGUAGACUUGCUUGAUGUUGGAAAGAAGAUAAAGAAAACCCCUGUAGUAGUAAGGAAUUGCACUGGUUUUGCUGUCAACAGGAUGUUCUUUCCUUAUACCCAAGCUGCUCUUUUGCUUGUUGAACAUGGAACUGAUAUAUAUUGCAUUGAUAGAGCUUUUACUAAAUUUGGAAUGCCUAUGGGUCCCUUCAGACUGUGUGAUCUUAUUGGUAUUAGUGUUGCAAUGGAGAGUAUGCCCGAUAGAACUUACAAGUCCAUGCUUAUUCCGCUUUUGCAGGGAAAUAAAAGAUUAGGCGAAACGACUCAGAGAGGGUUCUAUAUAUACGAUAAAAGACGCAAAGCCAAACCUGAUCCAGAAAUUAAGAAAUACAUUGAGAAGGCAAGAGAGAAUUCUGGUGUCAACAUUGACCCUAAGUUGGAAAAACUCUCGGACAAGGAUAUCGUCGAAAUGAUAUUAUUCCCUGUAGUAAAUGAAGCAUGCAGAUUACUUGCCAAAGGCAUUGUUGUCAAAGCUUCUGAUCUUGACAUUGCUUCUGUCAUGGGCACAGGGUUCCCUCCUUACAGGGGAGGGAUCAUAUACUGGGCAGAUACUCUUGGAUCCAAAUACAUUUGUUCAAGAUUGGAUGAUUGGGCAAGAAUGUAUGGAAACUUUUUCAAUCCUUGUGCCUACCUUGCUGAUAAAGCUGCUAGUGGGGUUCCUCUGAGUGUAACUAUGGAUCCUACAAAGUCACGCCUAUAAAGAUCAGUGAUGCUAGCUUUUGAGCAUUCUUCAAUUUACUGUGGUGUGUUGGAUGGAUUUAUGAUUAUGCAUGUGGUUAAUAAUGUGUGAAUGGAGAAGGAAUAUAGAUUACUUAUGUAACUUAAAACUUAACCAUCCCAGAACAAUGUGAGAAUUUCUUUAGCUGUCUGUUAAGUGAUUUGAUAAUGGAAAACAAAUACUCCAACUUAUAUAUGUGUAAAGGCUGUAUAGGUUCCAAUUUGGGUUC